AUGAAUCAUGUUACAGAAGCAGCGCGUACAGACGGCUUCUGGCCUGUGAAGAAAACCGUAACAAUAGCCAAUAGGCUUAAGAGCAAGGCGACACUGAAACUACAUUGCAGGUCAAGGGAUGACGACCUUGGGGUUAGGUAUUUAAGAUAUGAUGAGAGCUAUCAUUUUAAAUUUAGGACAGAUAUAUUUUUCAGAACCCUAUUUUAUUGUUCCUUUGAAUGGCCAGGCAGUGGCGGAAAACAUUGGACUAAUAUCUAUAAUGAUUGGAAUAUGAAUUGUAGAGAUUGUAAAUUUGUUAUCAAAACCUAUGGUCCGUGUGAGUAUGAUCCUGCGACUUAUCAAUAUGACCGGUGUGAUUCAUGGAACAAUGAGUAA